AUGAUGCAUCUGUGGAAGUACCUGUCCUCGGUGACUCCCUGUGAUAUCGUCACUUCGGCUAUCACCUGUACAAUCUUACGAUUUCCUCUCACCACUUCGUACAUAUCGUUAGUUCUCCUUCAGUUCAUGAUGAUUCUGGAGCGACUGGUUGCGAUGUUUAGAAAAGCUGAUUAUGAGAAGAGCAGUUGGCUACUCGGUGUCGCAUUUGUGCUUGCUGGUGUGCUCAGCUCAGCGAUGGUAACGCUGUGGUCGAUCCAGCCGGAAAACUUUUCAAACUCCUAUGCGUACUGCUCAUCGGGUUCAACUAAAACGAUUGAACGUCUCACUAAAAUCAACAUCUCCUUAUGUGUCAUAUGCGCCUUAUCGCUGGUAGGAACACUUCUGCUGAGGAUCUACAAUAAGUACGCCCUGAAU